GAUGACGUCUGUCCCUCACCAGAAAACUGCAAAAGACCACCUCAUCCCCCGUACACACAACAGACAUUCUUCUUCUUCUUCUUCUUCACAAGCAUCGAUCAUCCAUUGGUGAUUAUACCGGGGGUCUUUAUUCCGGUUAUCUGUGAAAUUAUCCGUCUUUGAUAUUCUACGGUACCAAAUCGCUCCGACAGCUCUUUAUCCUGCCUAGCUACCUAUCGCACCUUCACCCCUCAAUCAAAGCUUGAACGAAGCGUCAGGCACAACAUCGAUCCCACAAUCAGUAGCAGCGCAACUACUUCAUCAACCUAUACAAAAUGACUCUCUACUACAGUCUUGUCUUCUGCCUGUUGGUGUUCGAGAUGGCGGUCUUCAUGGGCCUCAUCAUCCCUCUUCCGUUCACUGUGAAGAGGAAGCUCUUUGCCUUCAUCUCAGAAAGUCCUAUAGUGGCCAAAUUACAAUAUGGGCUGAAGAUCACAUUCAUCUUCAUCCUCAUCCUCUUCAUUGACAGCGUCAACCGCGUCUAUCGGGUGCAGCUAGAGUUGGCUUCCUUCAAGGAGGGCGGUCCCAUGGGCGCCGCUGCCCUUGGCACCGACCGCAUGGAAGUCCAGGCCCGCAAGUUCUACUCGCAGCGCAACAUGUACCUGUGCGGCUUCACUCUCUUCCUGUCUCUCAUCCUCAACCGCACCUACACCAUGAUCCUUGAGGUUCUUCGCCUGGAGGACCGCGUCAAGCUUCUGGAGGGCGACAAGCGCGCUGGUGGCAAGGACUCCGCUCGUCUCGCGCAAGCCGGCGAUGUCGGCGAGAUCGGCCGUCUCAAGCAGGAGCUCGAGGCUAAGGAUCGUGACAUUGAGACUCUGAAGAAGCAGUGCGAGGGUCUCACGGCCGAGUACCACAAGCUGGGUGACCAGGUCUCCGCUGGCAACAAGGAUGUCGCUCCCAAGAAGGAUCUGUAA